AUGAUGGAAGUGACAACUGGCAAUCCCAAUGAUGACGGUCCCAAUUACUCCUCAGGGCCUUCAGAAGGUGUUAUGAAAAUGAUAGCGCACAAGUUGCUACAAACAAAAACUGUUGCCGAUGUCCUUCCUGGCUUUUUUCAAGUCAUUCUGACUAGUGGCAAGAUGACAGGAAUGGCCUUUGUCGGUGCUUAUCUGGCCUUUCUGGGAAUAUGGUUCCCCAUUUACCUAUUUUCGAGGCUUGUGGGAGAAAUGGGAAUCUAUGCAUUGACAGCGGGAACCAUUUUCAUGGUGGGCCGGUCCAUCAUCAGAUUGUUGGCCUUUCCUGGAUCGACCAACCGAGUGUCCUCCGAAAUUGAGAAGGAAUUCUCCAAGUAUUCAGUGCGUAUGAUCAAUGCUUCUUCCAUCAGCAUUAUGGAUUUAGCCCAGGCAAUCGCGUCGGCUGGAAACACUCAAUCGGGAUCUCAGUCAUACGCGGCCUAUGAAAUCCCGGCCAUGUGGAAACGGGCCAAAUCCUACCGAGACAGAGUGUUGGCUGUGUACUUGGAAGUUUUGCAAUACAUCUAUUCAAGCGAUGAACCUUCCUCUCCUACCAUGUCGAAUACUACCAAGUAUGGAAACAACAAGCUGUCUGGUGAUAUUGGUGACUUGUCCGGACUUACGCUUGAAGCCAGAGCCGAUGGAAAGCGGCUUCUAGAACAUCUAUCUCGCGUCAUCUCAGAUAUGGACCGACUUGAAGAGCAAGCUGGGUCCAUGUUGGAACAGAGUUCUGGAAAGACCCAAAUGCCGUCUAGUUCGGUGCGAAUGAUUGCCAAUUCCUUAGUGGUCGUUGCGAACGAUUUGAAAGACUUUGCCGAGUCACUUGGUCCAUCAGCGUCAGGUGAAGGCGAUGCUAGUUCGCCUAAUGAAGGAGACGAGGCCAAUUUGUCGGUGGAUGCCGUUCGCCGGAGAUUCGAAGAACAAAAUACGUCCGUAAUGGAUUCGAUCACCUCCGGAGCUGCAUCCAUUCUAUCCAUGCUAGAUCCACCACCCCAUACUUCCAUAUUUGGUUUCGAUGUUCAACGGGGAUGUAUGUUGGCACGAUACAAGGGAGCAAAACAGAUGUGGGUCAAACGGCCUUCCGGUGGAAUGAUUGAUGUCGUUCACGUUCCAGCAACGACCCACUGCCAACCUUCGCAAAAGAACCCACAAGCCGUCAUGUAUUGCAAUCCAAAUGCAGGGUUGAUUGAAGUGGCUACUGGUAUGAGUCUAGCUGGGGGCAACGUAAUGCAGGAAGAGGAAGGCGUUGUCAAUGAUAACUGUUGGACUGACUUUUACACCGGCGCCGGCUAUGACGUCUAUCUAUUCAAUUACGCGGGAUUCGGGAGAAGUUUUGGGUCUGGAUAUUUCGGCGUCGGAAGACUAGGUGGGGAAGAAGCUUACGUUGAAGGAACCUAUGGUCGAAUCAAGAGAAUCAUCCACGGCACCUUCUUUGGAUUCCAGCCUACCCCUGCAACCUUGCGGACUGAUGGUCUUGCUCUUGGGACACAUUUGAUUUCUGAAUGUGGGGUGGAAUCCCUUGUCAUACAUGGCGAAAGUAUUGGUGGAGUUGCGGCAUCUGGAACCGCGAGACACCUUUCGCAAACCCCCUUUACUAAGGAUAAACUAUCCUUACUCAUUUGUGAUCGUACUUUCUGCAAUCUGGAAGCUGUGGCACAACGAUUGGUGGGUGGUUGGUCGGCCUUUGCCGUUCGCGGGCUCGCACCAUUUUGGUCCACUGAUGUUGCUGGCGACUUUCUUGCUGCAGACUGCCGAAAGGUAGUUGCAAAUGAUUCCGCAGAUGCCAUUAUUGCUGAUCCGUCAUCGCUAAAGGCUGGUAUUGCAUGGUGGAGAGAACUCUGCCGUGGAAAGGAGACGACAAAGGGAGUCGGUUGGAUAAUGGAUGCUCCAGUCCAAUACCGAAUGGCAGACUGGGAGAAUGUUGCUGUGAAUCAUUCUCGAUAUGUCCGAUCAGCGUUCACACGAGCAACUGCGCCUGUUUGGCCUUCUGAUAAACACAUUUCGCUAGAAGAGGCUUUUCACUUUGCUGCUUGUACCAAGAGGCUGGGAAAGAUUGCGUCAAUAGAAAAAAAGAGGCAGUCAAUGAUAAAUUUGGUGGAGCACGGAACAACAGAGUGCGUCGUGCCCAUCUUUCUCAUCUGGAAGGGACUAGCUUGCUGCGAUGGCUUAUGUGGUGCUGCUCUGGGGAUGACGGUGAAGGGUGGAUUCGACUGCACCGUCUCAUGGCUAUGUUCGCUUCUUACCUUUGGUGGGCAAACGGUUGUCGAAGGGAUGGAGCAUCGCCAACAACUCUCUUUUGGCGAAUCCAAUGCAACGAAACUCGGAAAGGUGCUGACAUCUGAUUUCGAUUGCCGUCCUCCUGGAUUCGAGAAACAGGAAUCAGAUUCCGUUGUACAUCCAAAACCAAUUCCAGAAGUCUUGGACGAUAUUAAGAAGAUCAUUGAGGACAAUGCAGGCGACGAGACUCUUGGACUAGUGGAAGAGGAGCUAUCAUUUAUUGUGGGGACGCUGGAAUACAUUGUGGCUCGUUUGUCAUCGCCAUCCGUCGUGGAACAAAGCUGCAAGAAUCGACACCUCGGAUUGGGCGAAGGAAUGAUUGGUGCGUUCAUGAACCUCCACUGCGGUCACAACAAUCCUUUUUCUGCCGGUGAGCGUAGCAGGCUAAGAGAUAUUUUGCUGCAAGCUAGUGGUCAGAAGUAG